UUAAUAAUCCUUCUAAGCUGUUCACAUUCAAUGUGUUAUGAAAUAAGAACAUUUUUACAUAAUUUACGUUUUAAUAAAUGCAAGAUUGUUUAGCUUAAAAACUUUAAUUUGACAUCAAAUAGAUGUUUUAUGACCUGAGAUCUGUCUGUGCACCUUCAUAAAGAGCUGGGAUGCAAACGUGCAGCUCUGCAGGUGAACAGGUGACCUCCUUACAUGGCCGUGCAGCUCGCCUGCUUUGUUUGAGGGAGGUGCUAUCUGAUCCAGGUUUGGCUCUGCAGCGGCGCUUAUAACUGAUGUGGUGAGAGCCGAGCUGCAGCCACUUUCACCAGCACCUGUUAGUGACACAAACCAGGGUUGCAAAAUGAGUGCCAACCUGCAAGGAGCAAUGGAGGACCUCAUCACAGUGUUCUACAAAUACUCUGGGAAAGAGGGGGACAAGUACAAGCUCAACAAAAAAGAGCUGAAGAACAUGCUGCAGGAGGAACUCUCAGAAUUCCUGGCUGGUCCAAACCAGGCGAGUGUUGUGGAGAAGAUCAUGACCGACCUGGAUGAAAACAAGGACGGGGAAGUCGACUUUCAGGAGUUUGUGGUUCUGGUCGCUGCGCUGACUGUCGCCUGCAAUGAAUUCUUUGUGGACAGUAUUAAGAACGCCAACAAGUAAAGUCUGUAAAACACACAAAAACAUGACGUUUUAAAUUAUCCAUAAAGAAACACACUAACCUGUAAUUAUUUAAGUUGUAAUGUUACAGGCUCAUGUUUCUCUAAAUAAAGCUUUAUGAAUACCUGGA